GAAGAGCAGGGUGGCCGCAACCCCUGGACCCCAGGGGCACCAUGACCCGGUUCGGGUGCUGGCUGGUUCUGGCGGCAUUCCCCUGGGCCCUGUCCGCCUACGGGCCGGACCAACGUGCACAGAAGAAAGGAGACAUCAUCCUGGGCGGCCUCUUCCCCAUCCACUUCGGCGUGGCCGCCAAGGACCAGGAUCUAAAGUCGCGGCCCGAGUCGGUGGAAUGUAUCAGGUAUAACUUCCGGGGGUUCCGCUGGCUGCAGGCCAUGAUCUUCGCCAUCGAGGAGAUCAACAGCAGCCCGGCCCUGCUGCCCAACAUGACCCUGGGUUACCGCAUUUUCGACACGUGCAACACCGUGUCCAAAGCGCUGGAGGCCACGCUGAGCUUCGUGGCGCAGAACAAGAUCGACUCGCUCAACUUGGAUGAAUUCUGCAACUGCUCUGAGCACAUCCCCUCCACCAUCGCCGUGGUGGGUGCCACGGGUUCAGGGGUCUCCACCGCCGUGGCCAAUCUGCUGGGCCUCUUCUACAUCCCUCAGGUGAGCUACGCCUCCUCCAGCAGGCUCCUGAGCAACAAGAACCAGUUCAAGUCCUUCCUGCGCACCAUCCCCAACGACGAGCACCAGGCCACCGCCAUGGCCGACAUCAUCGAGCACUUCCGCUGGAACUGGGUGGGCACCAUCGCGGCCGACGACGACUACGGCCGCCCGGGCAUCGAGAAGUUCCGCGAGGAGGCCGAGGAGCGGGACAUCUGCAUCGACUUCAGCGAGCUCAUCUCCCAGUACUCGGACGAGGACGAGAUCCAGCAGGCCGUGGAGGUCAUUCAGAACUCCACGGCCAAGGUCAUCGUGGUCUUCUCCAGCGGCCCCGACCUGGAGCCGCUCAUCAAAGAGAUCGUCCGGCGCAACAUCACUGGCCGCAUCUGGCUGGCCAGCGAGGCCUGGGCCAGCUCGUCCCUCAUCGCCAUGCCCGAGUUCUUUCACGUCAUCGGCGGCACCAUCGGCUUCGCCCUCAAGGCCGGCCAGAUCCCCGGCUUCCGCCAGUUCCUGCAGAAGGUCCAUCCCCGUAGGUCGCCCCACAAUGGAUUCACCAGGGAAUUCUGGGAGGAGACCUUCAACUGCCACCUCCCCGAAGGUCCCAAGGGACCCCUGGCCCCGGACCCCUUCCUCAAGGUCCGAGAGGCCGGCGGCGCUGGGCCUGGUAAUAGCUCGGCCUCAUUCCGCCCGCCGUGCACUGGCCAUGAGAACCUCACUGGAGUGGAGACCCCAUACCUGGACUACACUCACCUGCGCAUCUCCUACAACGUCUACCUGGCCGUAUACUCCAUCGCCCACGCAUUGCAGAACAUCUUCACCUGCACCCCCGGGCAUGGGCUCUUCACCAACGGCUCCUGCGCAGACAUCAAGAAGGUGGAGGCGUGGCAGGUGCUAAAACACCUGCGGCACCUGAACUUCACCAGCAACAUGGGCGAGCAGGUGGACUUUGACGAGUUUGGAGACCUGGUGGGGAACUACUCCAUCAUCAACUGGCAUCUGUCCCCGCUGGACGGCUCCAUUGAGUUCGAGGAGGUCGGCUACUACAACGUGUAUGCCCGCAAGGGGGAACGGCUCUUCGUCAACGAGAACAAAAUCCUGUGGAGCGGCUUCUCCCGGGAGGUGCCGUUCUCCAACUGCAGCCGGGACUGCCUGGCGGGCACCCGGAAAGGGAUCAUCGAGGGUGAGCCCACCUGCUGCUUCGAGUGCGUGGAGUGCCCGGAUGGCGAGUACAGCGGGGAAACUGAUGCGAGCGCCUGCGACAAGUGUCCCGACGACUCCUGGUCCAACGCGAAUCACACCUCGUGCGUCGCCAAGCAGAUCGAGUUCCUGUCCUGGACCGAACCCUUCGGGAUCGCCCUGACCCUCUUCGCCGUGCUGGGCAUCUUUCUGACGUCCUUCGUGCUGGGCGUCUUCCUCAAAUUCCGCAACACGCCCAUCGUCAAGGCCACCAACCGCGAACUGUCCUACCUCCUGCUCUUCUCCCUGCUCUGCUGCUUCUCCAGCUCCCUGUUCUUCAUCGGCGAGCCGCGGGACUGGACCUGCCGGCUGAGACAGCCGGCCUUCGGCACCAGCUUCGUGCUCUGCGUGUCCUGCAUCCUGGUCAAGACCAACCGCGUGCUGCUGGCCUUCGAGGCCAAGAUCCCCACGGGCCUGCACCGCAAGUGGUGGGGCCUGAAUCUGCAGUUCCUGCUGGUCUUCCUCUGCACCUUGGUGCAGGUGGUCAUCUGUGCCAUCUGGCUGUACACCGCACCCCCGUCCAGCUACCGCAACCACGAGCUCGAGGACGAGAUCAUCUUCAUCACCUGCCACGAGGGCUCCCUCAUGGCGCUGGGCUUCCUGAUAGGCUACACCUGCCUGCUGGCGGCCGUCUGCUUCUUCUUCGCCUUCAAGUCGCGGAAGCUGCCCGAGAACUUCAACGAGGCCAAGUUCAUCACGUUCAGCAUGCUCAUCUUCUUCAUCGUCUGGAUCUCCUUCAUCCCCGCCUACGCCAGCACCUACGGCAAGUUCGUGUCGGCCGUGGAGGUCAUCGCCAUCCUGGCGGCCAGCUUCGGCCUGCUGGCCUGCAUCUUCUUCAACAAGGUCUACAUCAUCCUCUUCAAGCCUGCCCGCAACACCAUCGAGGAGGUGCGCUGCAGCACGGCCGCCCACGCCUUCAAGGUGGCCGCCCGGGCGACCCUGCGUCGCAGCAACCUGUCCCGUCGGCGGGCCGGCAGCCUGGGCGGCUCCUCGGGCUCCACGCCGUCCUCGUCCAUCAGCACCAAGAGCAACACCGAGGAGGCCACCGGGCAUCCCGAGCAGCAGCAGCAGCAGGGGGUCCCACCCCCGCUGGGGUCUCAGGGGCCACCUGCCCCGCAGCAGGGGGUGCCACCGCCCCCACCACCCCGCUCCAAGCAGAAGGUCAUCUUCGGCAGCGGUACAGUCACCUUCUCCCUGAGCUUCGACGAGCCACGGAAGGACGUGGGCGCCCACCGGCACAGCCGCCGGCAGCACUCCCUGGAGCCGCAGGACAGCGGCGGUGGUGGCGACGGACCCGUCCACCCCCGGGCUUUGCUACCACUGCGGGACAGCAACCCUGGCUCGGACCCCAGCUCUGACCAUGGCAGCCAAGAGGCUUGCUUGCACGAGUCGGGGGGUGAGGAGCCUCAGGAUCCUGAGGCAGGACCCCCGGCCUUGCUCGUGCCCAACGCCCACAGCUUCGUCAUCAGUGGGGCAGGGGGCACCGUCUCCGAAGGCACGCUGCCCACCUAAGGUGGCAGCGAUGGGCUCGAACCCCCACCCCCAUCCCUGGAGAGGGACCCCCGCCCCAAAGCGAGUUUGGAUGGGGAGGCUGGCGUGAGGGCGCAGGGGCCACGCAGGGUGUUAGCGGACCCCCGGCUGGGAUUCCAGUGAAGCGGCUUGGUUUCCGGACCAGGGGAGAGCGGAUCGACACUUGCCAAUGCGUUCCCGCCACCCAUUUCUGGCCCUGGUCCUUCCCGCCCAGAGCUCGGACUGCAGAGAGGCCUCAGCCCCACAUCCCCACCCCAAUCUCUGCUUCGACCCCACCCUGGGCAAAGGUGGCCCCCUUUCUCCCUCGGCCUCCGCCCCACCACAUGACCCUGCAGUGCUCGGGCCUCGGGCCUCCAUGGGCACAGAGCUCAGCCCCACGUGGAAGGAGUCCCGCUACCAGACAGGAGCCCAGAUCGGGCCUUCCCUCCUUUUUAUGAAGCCCGAGGAUGUGUUUCAGGCCCUUCACUACAGCUGGCUGGGGCAGGGCAAGGGCACGGAAUGACCACGGGGCUUUAGAAGCCAAGGCAGCUGCCCACUCUGGCCCACGGAGGGGUCCCUUGCCCAGGGAUAGAUGGCAGUAUGGCAGUUUCCCCACUGGGUGAACUGAACCUGCCGCUGAAUUGCCCCCAAGAAGAGAGGGUGGGAGCGGUGUCGCCCAGCCAUGAUUCUCCCUCUGGACGCCGGAGACAACUAGCGGAAUCCGGGCCUCUUGGCACAUUCUUGUUGGAGGUGGGUGGGCUGGGCACCUAGAGUGAGAGGGGGUGCACAGCCCACCAAGUUCCCGUGCCAAGGUUCUGAUGCCCCUGACCAAGCUGUGAAUCUAGGAGGCCUCAAAGCCAGCCCCUGGCCU